GGACAGGGAUGCGCGGGGCAGGGAUGCGCGGGGCAGGGAUGCGCCGCGCGGCGGAGAACAAACGCCGUCCCCGCACGGACGGCUUCGGAAAGUCCCAUUCGGAGGAUUGCGCUCGUUCCUUCCAUGUAUCAGCUUUGGGCGAAAUUGCCGCGAAGUUCUCAGGGUUUGGAGAGCUGUUUGGUCCCGCGGGCUCCUUAGAGCGAGGGGUGCCGGCUCUGAAGGGGAGCUGUGCCUGGCAGGGAUGCUGGACCAAGCCCUGACACCUCCAGUGCAGGGCUGUGAUCCCAGCUGUUGUGCCUCGUCAGCAGGGCUAAUCCGUAGCGCAGUGAGGGUUUAAACUCCGAGGGCUUGACUUGAGCCACGUCCUCUCCUUGGUCCCCUCUCCGCUCCCUCUGGGGCCGCCGGUCCGCACAAGCAGAGGGAGCCCUGCUGCCAAAGAAGACACACAGAGCACUAUGUCACUGGCAUCCUGGUUCAGGUGGAAUGAACCCCCACACCGCAUUUCCCAGAGGACUCCCACAGAAAUGGUGGUCGAGACGCUAAUGAUGGAGCUGAACUGGCAGACAAAGCAGGCAGAGAAGCAGCAGCGAGAACGGGAGAAUGAGUAUCGCAAGAUCAAGACUGGGGUGGACUACGGCUGGCUGGUCAGCUAUCCAAAGCAGAGUUAUGACAUUAGCCCAGGAGAACGGCUGCAGCUGGAGGAUAUGUGUUCCAAAAUACAUCCUUCCUACUGUGGGCCUGUCAUACUCAGAUUCCGGCAACUCAUCACUGAAUAUGAACCAGAAGUGCAGGAAGUAUCCCGGCUUUUCCGCUCAGUCCUCCAGGAAGCUGCUGAGAAGAUCAAAGAGGAAGAAGAAGCCAAGAAGCUUGCCAGGCAAUGGAACACAAAGAACAAAACCAGCCUCUCCUUAACAACAUUUAAAUCUCGGUCCAGGAUUUCCCCAUUCAUCAGUGACAUCAAGACCAUCUCUGAGGAUGUGGAAAGGGGCACCCAGCCCACCAGGAGGAUUUGGAGCAUGCCAGAAUUUCGGAAUGCCAAGGAUUACUGACUCUAUAUUGAACAAGGUUUUUAGACAGAAAUCUUUCAAAGUCCCAGUUAACCCUUUUUUAGCUCUACUUUCCUUGUUUGUUCCAAUUCUCUCUUCCUGCCCAUUUCUCUCUUGGAAGCUGUGUCCAUAGUAACUGCUAUUGAUGCCUGCGGGGUGUGACACAAUUUAUUACCAAACACGCUAGCCUUUCCUUUAAUUUAGUAGCUAUUCAGCAACCUUAAGGGCAAGGCUUACUUACUAUCUCAUUUUUAUUACUGCUUUCUUGUGGAAAAUGAAUUAGUUUUGUGAUGUCUGUCUUCUCCUUUCCCUCCAGCCUGGAUGUAGUUAUCUGUAAAAGCUUUUGGCUCAAGCUAGUGAGAGCUGCUGGCUGGACCAAUCUUGCUGAAAGCAAGACAGCCACUUAACGUGAGUAAGGCUUGCAGGAACAGGCCUGUGAAUUAAAGCUAGUAUCCAAUUUGGAACGGAACUUCCUUUUCCAGCUAAUAAUCUUCCUCACUGCUACAGGUAACCUCAGCACUGCUCCUGAUCAGCUUUUUGCUGACAGUUUAGCAAUCCCUCCUGAGUAGAAACAGACACAAACUUUUUGAGAUGUAUGAUCAAUAUUAUUCCACAGCGAGUAGUUAAUGCAUGCUCAGGUUUCUGGUGCAUUUUCUCUUUUAUGCAGGUAGAACCCCCCCGAACCUUGCACCUGCAGAUUAGAUAGAAAUGUAACAACCUGCUGUGUAGCUAUACAGCCAGAUACAUCAGUGCUGCGUCAAAUACGGUUUUUGGUCCUCAGUGCUUUGCAUUGCUGAGGUAAGGGUUCCACCCCACAUCCAGCACUAAGUCACUGAGGUGAAAAUAAUUUAUAACUUUUUUGUCAACAAGCAGAGGAAGGGUGAAGGGUCUCGGCAUGCAUUUGCAUGGCUCUUUGUACAGCUUGUAUAGCUGAGAUCAUUUUAACAAGCUGCUGCUGUGAGUGACUGAAGGGCUCUGGUAGAUGAAGGUUUGUUCUUUCGGUCUUCUUUCACGAGUGCUCAAAAGAAAGCUUUCCAGUAUCACAGGCUGCUGGACAGUGAGUUGAUACUACUACAAAACAAUCUUUAAUGCAAACUGGGUAGCUUGUAGACCAGCAUGGUUCUGCUGAGACCGAAGACACAGGAAAAGGCUGCUACCGAAAGGCUACUUGGACCCCAACUCAGCAUACGUAGGGAGAGUUCUCCCCAGCAAAGGAAAGAGAAUGGCAUGCUGUGAAAUUCAUGAGUCUUGUAGAGAAGCAAAGCGCUAGGAUGCUUUGUGGUGACCAGCAGGAGAUGGGGAAGGCAAAGAGGGAUUUCCCUGUAUGACUGUCAUUUGGGGAACCAUCCCAGUGGUAAAGCCUCCUGGAGGACCCUGCAGCUUUGUUGUUCUUUUGCCCAUUUCUGACUCUUUUCCCUGGGGGCCUUUGCAGCAGCAUGUGGGUACUACAGCCAAGAUAAAACCCUUUGAAGCUGUGCCAGCUCUGGGAAGAAUUCCAGUACAUGAAAUCUAUCCUAGAGUAGAAAUGUGCAGUUUCUUCCAGAGAUGGGGGAGGGCAGCACAAAACAAAGAUCAAGAUCAAAUCCAUAAAGAACUCUCUGAGACUGUGGGAUUCUGGCUCUUCCUCUCUGCCCUCUGGGCUACUAAAGGCUGAACACAAGGUCUUCUUACUAGCAACAUGCUGUAUUUUCUAGUCCCUUGGUAAACAGUGCUGUCACCAACCCUCCUAAGGACAGAAAGCAGAGCUCACUUUUAAUCAAAAACUCAGGGCUUCCAAUUACAGUUUGGGAUGGGCUGCUUGAACUCUAGGUCAAUAAGGGAGAGUUUAAAGCCUUUUGACAAUUGGCUUGGUGUUUUUCAGCUGUAUGUCCCUGUGAAGUGAUGUGAUUGUGUUUAUGAAGUAAAAACAAAGGCUUGACAUACUUAGUAUAGCCGUAGCUCUCUAGGAGAUGUGGGAUCUCGACUAAUGAAUCACCAUCAUUUGUGAGAAAACUCAUUUGGAAAGAAGUUAAACAUUCUUUUCUAUAUAUUUGCAAAAUACUGUACUGUACUGAACGCCAAGAUGAAUUCAUGAAUUUUGUGCUACAGCUCUGUAGUGAUUUUAUUUGCACUCACCUUCUAUUUUGACACCUCCAGUAUUGACUGUAUUGAUGCAAUAUUUGAUGGACUGGUGGGAGAGAUGGGACGUUCUGACACAUUGACACAAAGCUCUUUAUUACAGUGCAGUGUCUGUAAUACACUCGCUCCUUCUUCAGGAGAAUUGGAGUAACUAGCUUCCCUACCCCAGCGUACAAAGCCAAGGAAAUCACUUGAAGGGUGUUCACACUAUCACAGCAGCCUGUGAUCAUACCGUGUCCUUCAUUAACAACCUCCAUCCAGCAGAUACCAUUCUUGUUUAACAGCCAGCAAAAGCAGACAAACCUGACCUUUGGUCAAAGCCAUGCAUGUUAUGGAGGCCAGCCUGUGGCAGUGCCUGCGACAGCUGUUGUGCUUCAACUUACCUAUCAUUUCUAUUUCCACAAUAAAAUGUAAUCCAAACUUUUUAAACAGUAUCAUUCUCCGUGUACCUCUUCUGCAAGUUACAGUGGACUCACAGUAGCAUCUGAUGACAAAGGAAUAUUCAGAUACAAAGCAACGAAGUUUCUACUCUUACUACAUGCUACCUAGUACUCCUAAAGGUAUGGAAGUAGUACCAUGUUUGCCUGUAGUCAGCUGCUUGGAGAUGGACCUGUGACCUGCACCAGCAGGUACUGAAGCAGAGCUGGGGAGGUGGUUAGCGUGCACGACUGCUGCACUGUGCUUGUGCAUUCCUCUUUUUUUCUUAGGAAUGCUACUGAACCAUAUAUGAUCUUUUGGUCACAGCAUGCAGCAACAACUACCCACCCAUGUUUGUCUUGUCCUAAUUCCACAUUUUGUGUGGCUAAAUUAGCGUUUUAGUUAAAAUCAGGGGCAUGCAACUUCCAAUUCUGCCCAGCUAUUGCCCUACAACCCAUGGCAUUGGGCAGGAACACUGGGCAAACUAGAUUGCUUUUUGGAUGAAGCUAACCCAAAUAAUCCAUUGCAGCUGGCUCACAGACCAUAAAAAGCUGGACUAACACUGAAGUAAACCCUCAUGAAACUUGUAUGGUGUGAAUACCAGGUCCUCACCAACAACUGUCUGACUCUCUGGCUCUGGUCCUUCUGGGCUGUGCUACUUGCUCAUGUAGGAAACAACCCCACAUGACAGCCCUGGUGAGAGACUCCGAUCUGUUCUUAGUCUCUCCUGAGAGCUAAUCCCAUGCUUUAAUUCUUUAAGAAGAAUUAAAAGUGAAAUAGCAGAUCAUCAUUAUUACCAAACAAGUGAACUGAACAAGAACGAUUUUAAAUCCUAAAUCACUCUCUCAAACUGAGCAAGGAUUUUGAUAUCAGCCCAGAGUAUUGCUGUUGCCCCAUCGCUGACAAUGUUAUGCUGUCCAAAGGACAAUUACACCCAGGAAAAAGCAACCCUAGACUAACUAACAAGUAACAGCAAUAUCUCUGUAGCAGCUCAGCAGCACUGCUUAGCUUCAAGGUGCUAACACUCCUCAGUCGUUACUCACUGGACAGGCACUAUGCAGCACUGCUUCCAUGGCUUCUUCACAAGCGUGGCCCACAGGCUGUGGCAGCUGGCAAAGGCGUGCAGGAGGCAAGGUUCCUCACCCAUAUCAGCAUAGAGUUUAGACAGCUAUCAUGCCAUGGGGAUUUGGAGUAAGCUUUGCAGGAAAUACCUGUCUGCUUAGAUUGCACUGUUUAUACAUUUCACCAUGGAACCUCAGAGAAUUAAAGUAAAGCUGUGAAAUAUAAAACA